AUGGCUCCCAAAGGAUCAAAACUCAACAACUAUUUGAACUACCGCAUGCGAGUUACACUACAAGACGGUAGAAAUUUCAUUGGAACUUUCAAAGCUUUUGACAAGCACAUGAAUCUCAUUUUGGUCGACUGCGACGAAUUCAGACGCAUCAAGCCUAAGAAAGGCGAAACGGCUAUCCGAGAGGAAAAACGAACAUUGGGUCUCGUUCUCCUCCGCGGCGAACACCUGGUCUCGAUGUCCGUCGAUGGUCCCCCACCACAGGAGCACGCCACUGCCCGUGUUCCAAACAUGCCGAUGGGUCGCCCAGGUGGCCCGGGAAUGGCCCGCGCUGCUGGUCGCGGUAUGGGCGGUCCUGGCGCUCCAACUGGCCUUGGCGGCCCUGUUGCCGGCGUCGGUGGCCCUAUGGGCGCUCAGAUGAGACCUCCGAUGGGAUCUGGCGGCGGACGAGGAUACGGCCGUGGAUACUAA